AUGCUCUCUCAGACGGUGCUCCUGACCCUCGCGGGCGUAGCGGCCGCCAACCUUGCCCCCGGCGGCCACCUGGCGAUGAAGCGCGAGGUGCAAGCGCGCCAGACGGACAAUGCCGAGUACGAGUACGGGUCGGAAUGCGCCGACGCCAUCAUGUCCAUCUACUCGGCCAUGCCGACGCCGCCGCCCGAGUACACCGACUUCGUCGCGACCGCCGACCCCUGCCAGACCACGCUGCCGCCGGCCUUCUCGAGCUACGAGGCCGAGAUCGUGUCGUGGUUCUCGGAGAACGAGGCGGCGUGGAGCUCCGCCAUCGCCGAGUGCCCCGAGUACGCCAGCGCGGCGGACAACGUCGACAUCGGCGGCAACAGCAAUGGCAACAGCAACGAAAACAGCAACGGAAACAAUAACGGCAACGGCAACGGCAACGGCAACGGCAACGGCAACGGCCCCACUAAGAAGAACGCCGCUCACCGUGAGACCGGCCUCAUUGGGACUUCCAUUGCUGCCGCCGCCUUCCUCGUUGUCGUCGCUGCCCUCUAA